CAUCCACAUCGGCUACAUGCUAUCACUGGCUUCGCUAUGCUUCUGUCGGAAAAAAGAAAUGAGCUGCAAAGAAGUGUGUUUACUUCUUGGAGCGACUGGGGUCGGAAAGACAUUGUUGCUCAAACGUCUACAAAAGCUCGGCGUGUAUGGUUUAGGUGAACUGGGGACACCGCUCUCAACUCUCCCCACAGUAGGGACAAAUCUGAUCGACCUGACACUGAAAAAGAAGAAGGUGACAGUGAGGGAGCUGGGAGGCUGCAUGGGUCCUAUAUGGCCCAGUUACUUUCAAGACUGCUCCUCUGUCAUCUUCAUGGUGGAUUCUGCCAACAUGGCCCAGAUAUCCUGCUCGUGUGUUCAGCUGCUGUCAAUACUCUCUGCUGAGCCUCUGCGCAAUGCAUCGGUGCUUAUUCUCUUCAACAAGAGGGACAUACCUUGCAUUAUGAGCCUUGUUGAGAUGAAAUCACUAUUCAGGCUGGAGGACAUUGUUGCAUCUGCCACUCAGCCAGUUACAACACUGGAGCUCAGUGCCCUCUCUGGACAGGGUCUUCGAGAGGUGUUGGGCUGGCUGGAGUCCGCCACAGUAAAGUGACAUACAUUUGUUUCUAAUAUAAUGAUACUCCAAAACUCAGAAUAAUGUUUUCAAGCCUUUCUCCAGGCGACAUCAGUAUUCUCAGUUUAGGAAUAUAGACUUUACUGUUUUUAGAGGAUCUACAAUAAUGUCAUGUCGUAAUGUAUAAAUGGGCACAAAUUCUGUUAAUGCAAAAGAUGUAUAUGCAUGAUAUGGAAGGAUGGAUUGUAUGACAGACCAUUUCAACAUUUUUAACACUUUUAAUAAUUAAAUUAUUAACAGACGCAGAGUGAAUGCCUGUAUGUGAUCAGAGGACAUGGUUUCAUGCUGUCGGAGUUUUGCUACUCUGUGUACACACAUGUUAACAGCUCUUAAAAUGUAAGAAAUAAAGAAGAGCUCGGCUUGUCAGUCACUGUGA